AUGGGAAGGGGGAAGAUUGUGAUUGAAAGGAUCGACAAUUCCACCAGCCGCCAAGUCACUUUCUCAAAGAGGAGAAAGGGAUUGAUCAAGAAAGCCAAAGAGCUUGCAAUCCUCUGUGAUGCACAAGUUGGCCUUGUGAUAUUCUCCAGCACCGGAAAGCUUUACGAAUAUGCCAGCACCAGUUCUGAGAGAUCACGAUCAGGCAUGUGCUUGGUACAUAGAGAUUCUUCUGAUGCUUGA